AACACAUCACCACCUCCAUGCCGCCAACAUUCCCGCCCAUAGCGGCGCUCUUCCUCACUCACUUUGACGACCUCAAGGGGCAAGAGGUAGCCUACUACCGCUCCCUGUCGGAGGAGACGCUCCCGCCGAAGUUGAUCGAGCACGCGACGCUGCCGUCGGGCCUGCACCUCCUCGACGCGGAUGUCGUGACGUUCGCGCACCACGGGUUCCCGGGCGUGGGGCUGUUUCGUUCCCGCCAAGCAGAGGGCGGGCGCGGCCGGCGGAUGGGCACGAUCGGUGUGGUCCUGGCACCCCCCGGCGCACCGGACAACCUGUUCGACCUCGCCGGCCCCUUGGAAGACAUCUACGACCGCCUCGAGGGCCUGGACAACCCGUUCGCCAAGACGGGCGAGGACAAGGCCGCAGCCAGCGCGUACCUCGACACCGUGUGGGAGCAGUACGCCGCCCCGAGCCUCGGCGCGCCUGUCACCCAGUCGGGCAGGGCGCUCGCCGAGCGGCUGGCGCGCACGAGCCCCGCCCACCCCGUCACGUGUGUCCCUGCGCUGCUGUCUAUCCUCGGGCCGUCGAUCGUGACGGUGUACAAGGCGAGCCUGUCGGGCCAGCGCGUGCUGCUGUACGGCACGCCGCCCCUCCUCCCCCUCGCGGCGUUCGCGUGGGCCGUCUGGGCCAUGGGCCUGCCCACCGCCGCAGCGGUCACGGCUGGUGCGCGGUCGUCGGCGUGGCUCGGUAACGUCGGGCUUAUGGACCUCGACGAGCUGAAGAAACGCGUCGGCGGCUGGGUUGCAACAACUUCCGACGUCGUGUUCAAGUCGCACACCGACGCAUACGACAUCUUCAUCGACUUCUCCAAGUCGCUGCCUGCUGACGGGUCGGACGUGCGCGCGCCCCAGCCCAAAGCGCCGGCCACGCCUGUGGUGCUCGGCACGUCGCCCAACCCCAAGGGCGGGCGGCCCACCACCGCGGCCCUGUCGUACUCGUUUGGGGAUUUAGUCCUCUACCGCUCGCUCGUGUACCUCGACGAGUCGCCGACGAGCGUGCAGGCGCGCACGGUGGGGUUCAGCGCGACGUCGCGUCGCGGCGGACUGUGGCUGCUAGUCUUCGAGGUCCUCGAACGUCUCUGGAACCUCUGUGUUGGCGUGUGCGAGUUUGCGAUCGGCAGAGGCAGGGUGGGAGCCAUCGCGCUCGAAGAAGACGAGGACACGCUCCAGCACCUCCUGAGUGCCGACGGGCGGCCAGAGCUCGACGAAGUGGGCAACGACGAAGACGACGACAACGCUCAAGAUCUGCCCAACCUCGCCGCCGCUGCUGCAGAUGACGACGGCCCGAUCCAAGACGACACGGCGCGCCGCGGCCGCCUCAUCCUCGGCCAGCUGCGCCACAACACACACCACCUGUAUGCGCGGCUGCUGGCCGUGGCCGCGGGCAAGUGGGAGCUGAGCGAUGCUGACCUGCGCGAGCUCACCGGCGCGUCUCGCCUGUCGCCUUGGUCUGGCCGCGGGUCUGCUGACUCUCGCUUCUGGCUUGCUCUGGCGCGCACUUGGAAUGUGGAGCCGGUAGCUGAGCCAGCGGGCGACGGAGAUGCGGCUCAGUAGUGGCAGUAGAAAUCUAGACAUGGACGCCAU